CACCAAAGCCCAUUAAGGCAAAUGUCUUUAUAUUCUUCAGUCAACGUUGUGUGAUUGCAGAAAGAUUUAAGACUUGUAUAUUUUUUCUAUCAUUUAGUAAAUAUCAGUGGAAGAUUAUUGAAAUUCCAAUCCGGCCUUCAAGCAACUGUUCAAUGAUCAUGACUUUUCCGUGGUGCUACAUGUUUAUCACAGGAUUAUUACUGUUCGAAACGUCCAGGGGAGAAUGGAACACGAGAGAUUACCUGAAGCGAGAACAUUCCUUAAUCCAGCCGUAUCAAGCUACGGGAAUGACGAUACCUUAUUGGGAUUUUGGUGGUGUCACAAUAGUGACAAAUAAUUAUAUCCGCCUGACACCAGAUGCCCAAAGCACCCAAGGAUCACUAUGGAAUUCAGUGCCAUGCUAUGUCAGGAAUUGGGAACUCCAAGUACAAUUCAAAGUUCAUGGAAAAGGGAAGGAAUUAUUUGGUGACGGACUUGCUAUCUGGUACGCCAAAGACAGAAUGGAAGGUGGCCCAGUUUUUGGUAACAAAGAUUUUUUUCACGGGCUUGCCAUAAUUUUGGACACUUACAGCAACCAUAAUGGUCCACACAAUCAUCAACAUCCCUACAUCUCAGCGAUGAUAAAUAACGGGUCUUUGCACUAUGACCAUGACCGUGAUGGAACGCAUACGCAGUUGGAAGGCUGCGAGGCUAAAUUCAGAAAUUUUGAUCAUGACACUCAUAUAGCUAUAAGAUAUGAAAAGGAUACCUUAACAGUAUCUACUGAUCUCUCAAACAAGGCUGCUUGGAAGGACUGCUUUUCUGUUCCUGGCAUAAAGCUUCCAACAGGUUACUACUUCGGAGUUACAGCGACCACUGGUGAUCUUUCCGAUAAUCAUGACAUAAUAUCAGUCAGACUUUAUGAGCUUGACCUGCCUGACGAUGUUAAAGAUGAAGAAGACAGAUCUCAAAUUCUUCCUUCAGCAAUGCAUUUCGAAUCUCCAAGAGAACAUGUGGAUGACCCUAAGCCAUCAGCUCUGAAUGGUGUCAAAACUUUCUUCUUGAUGCUCAUAGCUGCAAUUGUUUUAAUAGCAGUGCUAGUACUGGGAAUUAUGUAUUACCAGAAGCAUCAAGAAAAUAGUAGGAAACGUUUCUACUAAGCGAUACAUCUAGCAGUGUGUGCCGAAUGAUGCAACUUUGUACUGUGCGAAGCGUUUAGUUGGAUAAAAUAAAUCACGCGGUUACAGAGCUGUCGAAUAAAUAUUUUAAGUUUUUCGACUUAAUAUCAAGAGAAUUUAUAACAAGUUGUAUAGAAAUAAAUUACUACAUGAACUAGCGUUCAAUCUGUGUGCAGAUAAAAGUAUUUAUCCAACUGCUAGUAACCGUCAGAACUUUCAUAAAGUAAAAGAUCAACUACGUCUUUUUUCAGUUCAUAGUAAUUCAGAGCCAAAAAUACAUUUGCAUCAGUGUUUUCCAUUGUCAUAUCUAAAUGUGUCUACCAAAAAAAGAGAAAGAAAAAAAAACAAUUAAUAAAACCUGCACGAAGCUAAAUCAAACGAAGAAAGAAAGGAGGGGAGAAAAACAAUAAAAUCGUAUUCUAGUUGUAUAAGUUCACAGCUGAAUCUAACAAUACCUAUUCUAAUCGGAAGACUUUUAUAAUCAUAGCCAUUGCGUGACUGAAAAUCUAUUAACUGAGCGUAAAUUUUGAACGCUGAGAAAAAUUUGCUAUUUCUACUCUCCAAUGAUUGAAAAAUAACAUAAGGUCGUGAAGAUACGAGUUCAAAGGCUGCAGAUGUUUUUAUCGAUUGUAAAAAUACGAUAAUAACGAUAAUAAUAAGAAAGUAAUAAAUAUUUUGUCACUAAUAUUAUUUUAUCUGCAAGACGGAUCAGAGAGCGUAAAUUCUGUGAAAAUGAUUCUUAGUAGUAGACAAUUUAAUUUUUUACUGUAUAUACUUUCAAUAACGAUUAUUGUUUUUCCAUAGUCAGAUAUCAUCAUAAUAUGACACUCGAAUUUUAAACCAAUUAAACGACACCCGAUGGGCAGCUAGACAGAGUGAAACAAUUGAAAAGUUGAAAAUCUAUCAUAUAAUGGAUAUUGUUUCAGUCUAUUUGCGUUUCCAACACGCCAUCGCGUCGUUUCGUUUUAUUGAUUCAUUUUGUAAAACGAAAUGAGUGCAUACAGCUGUAAUAGCAAUGGCAAUAUGCAGUCGGACGAAUGAGAAUGAAUAAAUUUUCAUACACAAAGAUAUUACUUUAAACAUCCGCAAUGUUAUGUUAUUGUGUGAGGGUUGUAAGAAUGUGUUGUAUAUUGAAUGUAAGACAAAUCACGGUGGUGAUAUACUACUUUUUGUUAUAUGUAUAGGUACGUUAAUCGCGACUAUAAAUGAAGAAAUAUGUACAUAUAUGUAUCAGGGUUCGUAUGCUCAGGGAAAACCCGGAAAACCGGGAAAAUUCAGGGAGUUUCUUACAGCAGGGAAAAGUCAGGGAAUUUCGAAUAUAAGACUGGAAUUUUAAGUUUCUUGAAGAAAUAAACUCGUUCUCAUACGUACAUUACUUGAUAUCAAACCUCCUUUCGUUUUUGUCUUACUGAAAAUCGCUGGCUGUUGUUUGUAAAUUAGUAGUCGGACAGUAAAUUAAUUACUAGGUAAUAUUGAAGGUAUUAGUAUUAAUAUACAAAAAAAAAAUUGUCAUUAAUCAGCGACAUAUUUCUUGGAAGGUUACUGAAAAAAAUCCUAUUUUCAGGCUGGAACACCUGGAAAUGUCAGGGAAUUUCGGGUUCCAAAAAGCGUACGAACCCUGUGUAUAUGUAUACAUAUAUGAAAGAUAUAUUAUAUACAAAUAUGUCAGAGGUAUAUGAAAUAAAUUAGUGCAUUGUGUGAAUCCGAGGGAACAAAUUUCUCUGAAUAUUUAUUUAAAUAGAUAAGGGAGUAAUCGUAUUGUGUUUAUGGAGUCUUCCAGCUCAAUAUAACCAGUCUGGGACCAUUACCUCUGAUAUUAAUACAUCCUUUUUUCAUAAUUAUUCCAAAUUGUUGCAUUGUAUUUGUGAUAGAGAAAGUAAGAUAUAUACCUGUUAAUUUAUAAUAAAUAGAUGCUCAUAAAAAUUUUGUCAUCUACAGCUUAGAAAUAUAAAAUUGUGCCAUGAAAUUCCUGGAUAAUAAUUAUCUUUUUACGGGGUACGCAUUGUCAAUGGCUGGUUAAGUUUGAACGGAAUACUUAGCAUAUAUACAUAUACAGUAUGUCUUUUUAAUGAUGGGUAUGAACGAUUAAUCACAGACGGAAUUGGAGAAAGCAAAAGUAACUCAAUUUUAUGAAAUUAAGAAUAUAUUAACGAAUAGGAUUGGGAGAAAGAUUUUAAAUGAAAACAUAAAAAGAAAUCUCAAAGAAACAUCACACAAUCGACUCUCUUGCAAUAUAAAGACAAAAAUAAAAUAUAUUAUAAUAACGAAACUUUGCAUGUAAACUGUGAUCGAUUAAAAAAUGUGAAGAAUUUUCA